CUUCACAGAGUUGCACCUGGAGCAGAUCCUAGGGCAGGUGUGCACACCAGCCAUGAGGAAAGACGCAUCACUGGAAGAUUUUGAGUGGUUCUAUACUGAUCGGUGGCACAAUGACCGACGUCGGGAGAUAUUGGCAAAGUAUCCAGAGAUAAAAUCCUUGAUGAAACCUGACCGCAACCUGAUCUGGAUCAUAACCAUGAUGCUUCUUGUCCAGUUGGCUUCAUUUUACUUAGUCAAAGACUUACAGUGGAAAUGGGUCAUAUUUUGGGCCUAUGUCUUUGGUGGCUCUAUCAACUACUCACUAAUUACAGGUUCUCAUGAAAUCAUUCAUAAUUUCCCCUUUGGCCACCACAAGGCCCUGUGGAACCGCUGGUUUGGAAUAUUAGUUAACCUCCCUAUUGGGUUUCCAUAUUCGAUUUCCUUUAAGAGAUACCACAUGGAUCACCAUCGAUACCUUGGAGUUAAUGGCAUCGAUAUAGGUGUUCCUCAUGAUCUUGAGGGCUGGUUCUUCUGCACCACUUUCAGGAAGCUUGUUUGGAUUGCUUUUCAACCUCUCUUUAUUAUUUUUAGAUCUCUAUUUAUCAAUCCCAAACCAAUUUCUUAUCUGGAAAUCAUCAAUGCUGUUGUUCAGAUCACUUUUGACAUUAUAGUUUACUAUGUUUUUGGAAUUAAAUCUUUAGUCUACAUGCUGGUAGCUUCUGUGCUUGGUCUGGGUUUGCACCCAAUUUCUGGCAGUUUUAUAGGGGACCAUUUCGUGUUCUUUAAGGAACAAGUAACAUACUCCUAUUAUGGGCCUCUGAACUUAUUCACCUUCAAUCUGGGCUAUCAUAACGAACACCAUGACUUCCCAAACAUUCCUGGAAAAGACCUGCCCUUGGUGAAGAAAAUAGCACCUGAAUACUAUGACAAACUCCCUCAUCACAUCUCCUGGGUCAAAGUAUUGUAUGAUUUUGUGACAGAUAACACGACACAUCCCCAUUCACGGAUGAAGAGGCUUCCAGAAAGGGAAAUGGCUUUUAGAGCAAACACUCAGAGCCAAAGCAAAAUCUGCAAAGACUUUUAAUUGCUGAUAAUGUGGAUUUUUUUCCUUGUUAAAAUUAAGGGCUAUCAGAAGCCAUCUAGACAAGGUUAUGGCAAGAAAGUUUUCUGGUGAUGACCCACUGUUUUUCAUGGCUGUAAUGGGUGCACUCUGAGAUGUGGGAUCCUCAGAAACUUCAUCCCAGGGUUGCUUCUCGCUACCAAUAUGCUUUUCCUGCUACUCUUACAUAGCUGGGCAUCUGCCAACCCUAUUGGGCAGAUCUCCUGCAGA